AUGAAGACCUUCUACGCCCUCCUCGCUCUGGCGCUCUCGAUGGGUAUCAUGGCCGCCCCAGUCGCUGAGCCAGAAGCAGAGGCACAGCCUGAAGCUGUCAACUAUGGGAAUUACGGAAAAUAUGGAAACUACGGCUCUUAUGCACCGCCGCCACCGCCCUCGGGCUACGGCAAGGCACGUGGAUACAAUAAUUACGGUUCCUACAAGCGUGUGGCAGAGGCAGAGGCUGCACCUGAGGCGGCUGCGUAG